AUAUUAUGUUUCAGAAGGGAACACAAAUUUUACCAAUAAUUGCGUUAAAUAUGAUUCAGACACGGGAUGACAUUUUGAUUUCUCAUGUUUUGCCUAUUGCUGGAAAUAGUAAUCUGCUUGAGAGGGAAACAAAAAUAUCUCCAACUAUUGCGUCAUAUAUGACUCAGACAUGGGAUGAAGUUUUAAUUACCCAUGAUUUUCCAAAUGCUGGAAGAACACAAAUAUCACCAUUGAUUAUGCCAAACCCGAUUCAGACACGUGAUGAAAUGUUCAGUAAUCGCAAUUCGCCUAUUGCUGGAAGUAGUAAUGCAUUUGAGCGAGGAAUACAAUUUCUCCCCGAGACUGAAUGA